AUGAAAUUAUCCUUAGAAGAAUUAAGAAAGAAAAAAUUAACUGAAUUAUCACUAAAUCCUUUUCAACAAACUAAAUUUCCUAAAACUAUUAAUACUCUUUUGAUUAUUCAGCAAUUUUCCCAGUUUAAUAAAGAAGAAUUAGCCGAACAAAAAAAAGAAGUAAGUAUCGCAGGAAGAAUAUUGAGAAUAAGAAGUUUUGGUAAUUUAACUUUCGCUAAUUUAGCCGACCAAACUGGAAUCAUCCAAUUAAAAGUUAGUAAAAAUGAGGAUUUUACCGAGUUAGAUAUUGGCGACAUUAUUGGAGUAAAAGGAUUUAUUUGCAAGACUGAUAAAGGUGAGUUGAGCGUUGAAGUCAAAGAAUUUAUUUUAUUAAGUAAAUGUUUAAAGCCUCUUCCUGAUACUCAUUAUGGCUUUAAUGAUAUUGAAGAAAGAUUUCGCAAACGAUAUUUAGACUUUAUCAUCAAUUCUGAAAAGAGGAAAAUUUUUCUUAUUCGCCACCAGAUAAUUCAAAAUGCUCGUAAAUUUCUUGAUGAAAAAGAAUUUAUAGAAAUUGAAACUCCCAUACUU